AUGCGCGCGACCUCGUCUCUUCUGAAGAAGGUGGCCCAACCGAACCCUUCGCCGCGGUACGCGGCGGUCCUGCCGGGCGGGCAAGCGACGGCGUCGACGCUGCGCAACCUGGUCUCCCUGCACCACCAGAGCGCGACCUUCAUGCGGUCGCCCGAGGAGAUCCCGACCGUCUUCGAGCAGACGUUCCGCUACCAGCGGCCCGAGUAUGAGUCGUACGCGUCAUAUGCGAAGCGGACGCGGGCGGAGAUGGCGCUCCGCGGCGACGCCGGCAUCGAGAUCAUGGCCGAGCGCAGUGCCAACGGCGUCGGCGCGCGCCGCGUCGCCGGCUCCUUCCAGCCCGCGCGCAUGACGCGGAACGCGUUCCGCGACCCCGACCCGUACGCGCGAGAGAGCAACUUGUCGGAGCGCGAGAUGAUCGUCAAGGAGACCCUGUUCGGUACUUGGGAGCGCGACGGGGGCAAGCGCGACGUCAGGCCUGGUCUCGAUGGCGUCCUCGAGAUUGCGGAGAGGAGAGGGGGCGUCAAGAAGGUCGCGAAGGAGUGGAAGGGACAGGAGGAGGUUGGAUCCACCGAGGACGGCAUGUAA